UCUCGCGCGCCGGCCCCCUCCCCCCGCCCGCUCGCUGUCAGUGCGGUGGCUGCGCCGGGAAACAUGGCGACGGAGGGGAUGAUUUUAACGAACCACGACCACCAAAUCCGCGUCGGCGUCCUCACAGUGAGUGACAGUUGCUUCAGGAACCUUGCCGAGGAUCGUAGUGGGAUAAACCUUAAAGAUCUGGUCCAAGACCCUUCUUUGUUGGGUGGGACUAUAUCUGCAUACAAGAUAGUGCCAGAUGAAAUAGAAGAAAUCAAGGAGACGCUGAUAGACUGGUGUGAUGAAAAGGAACUUAAUUUGAUUCUAACCACUGGAGGAACAGGGUUUGCACCACGAGAUGUCACUCCAGAGAAAUUCCCAACAUUCCCAUUAUGUGGGCUCCAGAGAGGGGCCACUAAAGAAGUAAUAGAACGAGAAGCCCCAGGGAUGGCCCUGGCAAUGCUGAUGGGAUCACUCAAUGUUACGCCUCUGGGCAUGCUCUCUAGACCUGUGUGUGGAAUCAGAGGGAAAACUCUCAUCAUCAAUCUGCCAGGUAGCAAGAAAGGGUCACAGGAAUGCUUUCAGUUUAUACUGCCAGCCCUACCUCAUGCCAUUGAUCUUCUGCGGGAUGCCAUUGUAAAAGUAAAGGAGGUGCACGAUGAGCUUGAAGAUCUACCUUCACCACCACCUCCUCUUUCUCCUCCUCCAACCACCAGCCCUCACAAGCAGACGGAAGACAAAGGAGUGCAGUGUGAGGAAGAGGAGGAAGAGAAGAAGGAUAGUGGAGUUGCCUCAACAGAGGACAGUUCCUCUUCACACAUAACAGCAGCAGCCAUUGCGGCUAAGAAGCAUCCAUCCUACACCAGUUCAGCUGUUAUCAUGGCAAAAGGUGAACAGCCCAUCCCUGGCCUCAUCAGUUAUUGCCAUCACGCAGCAGGCAGUGCAGAAGAACCGAUUCCAGAUUCCAUCAUCUCUCGUGGUGUUCAGGUGCUUCCACGUGAUACAGCCUCCCUCAGUACUACUCCCUCAGAAUCCCCUCGUGCCCAGGCCACUUCUCGUCUCUCCACUGCAUCCUGCCCAACACCAAAACAAAUUAGACGGCCGGAUGAAAGCAAAGGAGUUGCUAGUAGAGUUGGAUCCCUCAAAGCUCGGCUCCCUUCGUGCUCAUCCACCUAUAGUGUUUCUGAGGUCCAGUCAAGGUGCAGCAGCAAGGAGAACAUCCUCAGAGCAAGUCACAGUGCAGUUGACAUUACCAAGGUAGCAAGAAGACACCGCAUGUCUCCGUUCCCAUUGACCUCUAUGGACAAGGCCUUCAUCACAGUUCUGGAGAUGACCCCAGUGCUUGGAACAGAAAUCAUCAAUUACAGAGAUGGAAUGGGCCGAGUCCUUGCUCAAGACGUAUAUGCAAAAGAUAACCUACCGCCGUUUCCAGCAUCAGUUAAAGAUGGCUACGCCGUCAGAGCUGCUGAUGGCCCAGGAGAUCGAUUCAUCAUAGGGGAGUCCCAGGCUGGUGAGCAGCCAACGCAGACUGUGAUGCCUGGCCAGGUGAUGCGGGUUACAACCGGUGCUCCCAUUCCAUGUGGUGCUGAUGCCGUGGUGCAGGUGGAAGAUACAGAGCUCAUCAGGGAAUCAGACGAUGGCACUGAAGAACUGGAGGUUCGAAUCCUGGUGCAGGCUCGACCAGGCCAAGAUAUCAGACCUAUAGGACAUGACAUUAAAAGAGGUGAAUGUGUGCUGGCUAAAGGAACCCACAUGGGUCCUUCUGAGAUUGGUCUCUUAGCAACUGUUGGAGUAACUGAAGUAGAAGUUAACAAGUUUCCAGUGGUUGCAGUCAUGUCAACAGGGAAUGAGCUACUGAACCCUGAGGAUGACCUCUUGCCAGGAAAGAUUCGAGACAGUAACCGUUCCACUCUCCUAGCUACAAUCCAAGAACAUGGCUAUCCAACAAUCAACUUGGGAAUUGUGGGAGAUAAGAAGCCAGCUGUUUUUAAAGAAGAAGGGACAGAGAGCUUCCAGAACCCUGCGGAGCCAGGCGUACCAGAUUGGAAUCGUUUAGAAGCUGGAAUCUAUCAGAGAGUGGUUACCUUGCAUACCUCAUACAAGUCGGCUCACAUAUUGAACCUCUCCGAUCCUCUGGCAUUCUGGUAUAUACAUGAGUGGGACUCUUCUGAAACAGUUUAUGAAAACAGUGAAGUAAAGUAUGCUAUCCAGAUAGAGAGAAAAAGUUGA